AGAGAGAGAAAGUAUGUGUGAGAGAGAAAGGGAGAUAAAGCAAACAGAGAAGAAAGCAAUAAUACAGAAAGACACGCGCCGGGUACCGACCAUCACUAACUGUUAAAGAAGACAAGUAACUGCAGUUUGACGUUCGUUUCUUGUAAAAUGGCAGACACAACUGGUAAACCCAUCAAAUGUAUGGCAGCAAUUGCCUGGGAGGCAAAGAAACCUCUAUCCAUUGAAGAAGUAGAAGUGGCUCCCCCUAAGAGUGGAGAAGUGCGUAUUAAAAUCCUUCAUUCUGGUGUCUGUCAUACUGAUGCUUACACCUUAAAUGGCCUUGAUCCUGAAGGAAUCUUCCCAGUUAUUUUGGGUCAUGAAGGAGCAGGGAUUGUUGAAAGCAUUGGAGAAAAUGUGACUUCCGUCAAACCAGGUGACACCGUCAUUCCUUUAUAUGUUCCUCAGUGUUAUGAAUGCAAGUUUUGCAAGAACCCUAAGACAAACUUGUGCCAAAAGAUAAGAGUUACCCAAGGAAAAGGUGUCAUGCCUGAUGGAACCACUCGUUUUACUUGUAAAGGCAAAGAAGUAUUUCAUUUCAUGGGAUGUAGUACAUUCAGUGAGUUCACUGUUGUGGCUGAAAUCUCCAUUGCUAAGGUGAAUCCCAAGGCUGCACUUGAUAAAGUUUGUCUUCUUGGUUGUGGUAUUUCCACUGGUUAUGGAGCUGCUCUCAAUACAGCUGCUGUGGAAAAAGGAUCAAAUUGUGCAGUUUGGGGACUCGGUGCUGUUGGCCUUGCUGUAGCAAUGGGUUGUAAAGCGGCCGGAGCUGCUCGUAUCAUUGGAAUUGAUAUAAAUGAAUCUAAGUUUGAAAUAGGUAAAAAAUUUGGAAUCACAGAAUUUGUGAACCCUAAGAGUCAUACAAAACCCAUCCAGCAAGUGCUUUGUGAAAUGACAGAUGGUGGUUGUGAUUUUACUUUUGAGUGUAUUGGCAAUGUUGGUACAAUGAGGGCAGCUCUUGAGUCUUGCCAUAAAGGAUGGGGUACCUCAGUGAUUGUAGGUGUUGCAGCAGCUGGAGAAGAAAUAUCCACUCGUCCAUUCCAGUUGGUUACUGGUCGAGUAUGGAAAGGAACUGCUUUUGGAGGUUUUAAAAGUCGAGACAGUGUACCAAAGCUGGUUGAUGACUAUAUGAACAAAAAACUAUUGCUAGAUGAGUUUGUUUCUCAUAAACUGAGUUUCAAGAAGAUCAAUGAGGCAUUUGACCUCAUGCACAAGGGCGAGAGCAUCCGUGCUGUGUUGGACAUCCCUGAAUGAUAUUGAUGUUAACGACCAUGAAGUGAUUUGCUGACAAGACUCUGAGAAUUAGAUUUUUAUUUUUUUAUAGUUUUCAACUAUGAAAAUGUUUAUAGGACUUGCCUCCCUUAAUAAAUUCUUCAAUGUGAUUUAUAUAUUUUCUGGGGGUAACCCUAACAUUCCCCAUCUGAUUAAAUCUUCACAAAAUAAAAAUAUUUCUCUAAUAAUGUU